AUGACCACAACUGUUGCCCCAACCACAACAACCGUUGCCCCAACCACCACAACCGUUGCUCCAAUGACCACAACUGUUGCUCCAAUGACCACAACCAUUGUUCCAAUGACCACAACUGUUGCUCCAAUGACCACAACUGUUGCCCCAACCACAACAACCGUUGCCCCAACCACCACAACUGUUGCUUUAAUGACCACAACUGUUGCUCCAACCACCAUCACAGUUGGUCCAACAACCACAACUGUAGCACCAAUGACCACAACUGUAGCACCAAUGACCACAACUGUUGCUCCAACCACCACAACUUUUGCUCCAAUGACCACCACAGUUGCCCCAACCACCACAACUGUUGCUUCAUCCACCACAACUGUUGCUCCAAUGACCACAACUGUUGGUCCCACAACUACAACUGUUGUUCCAACUACCUCCACAGUUGUUCCAACGACCAUCCCAGUUGCUCCAAUGACCACAACUGUUGCUCCAACAACCACAACUGUUGCUCCAACUACCACAACUGUUGUUCAAACAACCACAACUCUUGCUCCAACGGCCAACUCAGUUGAUCCCACGACCACAACUGUUGCUCCAACGGCCACAACUGUUGCUCCAACAACUACCACAGUUGCUCCAAAGACCACAACUUUAGCUCCAACGACCACAAUAGUUGCUCCAACCAGCACAACUGUUUUUCCAAUGACCACAACUGUUGCUCCAACGACCACCACUGUUGCUCCAACGACCACAACUGUUGCUUCAAGGACCACAACUGUUGUUUCAACGACCACAACUGUUGCUUCAACGACCACCUCAGUUGCUCCCACGACCACAAUUGUUGCUCCAACAACUACCACAGUUGUUCCAACGACCACAACCGUUAUUCCAACAAGCACAACUGUUGCUCCAAUGACCACCUCAGUUGCUUCCACGACCACAACGGUUGCUCCAACAACUACCACAGUUGCUCCAACCACAACAUCCGUUGCCCCACCCACCACAACCGUUGCUCCAACAACUACCACAGUUGGUCCAACAACCACAAAUGUUUUUCAAACAACCACAACUGUUGCUCAAACAACCACCACAGUUGGUCCAACAAUCACAACAGUUGCCCCAACCACAACAACCAUUACCCCAACCAGCACAACCAUUGCCCCAACCACCACAACCAUUGCUCCAAUGACUACCACAGUUGGUCCAACAACCACAACUGUUCUUCUAAGAACCACAACUGUUGCUCCAACAACCACUACAGUUGGUCCAACUACCGCAAUUGUAUCUCCAACGACCACCACAGUUCCUCCAACAACCUCAAAAGUUGGCCCAACAACCACCACAGUUGCUCUAACAACCACAACAGUUGCUCCAACGACCACCACAUUUAGUUCAACGACAACAACUGUUGCUCCAACUACCACAACAGUUCCUCCAACAACUACAACAGUUUUUCCAACAACCACAACUGUUGCUCCAACCACCACAAAGGUUUCUCCAACAACCACAACAGUUGCUCAAAUAACCUCAACUCUUGUUCCAACGAUGACAACUGUUCGCCCAACAACUACAACAGUUCCUCUAACCACCACAACCUUUGCUCUAACCACCACAACAGUUGCUCCAACCACCAGAACCGUUCCUCCAACCACCACAACCAUUGCUUCAACCACCACAACCGUUGCUCCAACAACCACAACAGUUCUUCCAACAACUAACACAGUUGCUCCAACAACCACAACAAUUCCUCCAACAACUACCAUAGUUGCUCCAUUGACCACAACUGUUGCUUCUACAACCACAAAACUUGCUCCAUCUACCACAACACUUACUCGAACAACAGUUGCUCCAACAACAGCUACAACAGUUACUCCAACUGCCACAACACUUGUUAUAACAACAAUUUUUGUUCCAACAACCAAUACAGUUGCUCCAACAACAACCGUUGCUCCAACCACCACAACACUUGCUCCAACAACAACAGUAGUUCCAACCACCACAACUGUUGCGCCAACCACCACAACUGGUGCUCCAAUCACCACAACUGUUGUUACUACCACUGCAAAACUUGCUCCAACCACUACAACAGUUGCUCCAACAACUACAACAAUUGCUUCAACCACCCCAACUGUUGCGCCAACCACCCCAACUGGUGCUCCAAUCACUACAACUGUUGUUACUACCACAGCAAAACUUGCUCCAUCCACUGCAACACUUGGUCCAACAACAACAGUUCCUUCAACAACUACAACAGUUGCUCCAACCACCAAAAAUGUUACUCCAACCACUGCAAAACUUGUUCCAACAACCACAAGAGUUGCACCAUCCACAAAAACAGUUUAUCUAAACACCACAAUAGUUGCACCCACAACUAAAACUAAUGCUUUUGCAACCACAGCGGUUGCUCCAACAACCAAAGUUGCUCCAACAACUACAAAUGUUAUUCCACCAACUAGAACUAAUACAAGUGAUGUUACAACCAUGGCAAAUAUUGUUCAAACCACAGUGUCUCCACUAACAACUGUUGCAAAUACUACUUCAAGAACUACUCUAUUAACAGCUACACAUAAACCAACUCCACCAAAAAUUAUUCCAUCAACAAAAACAAUUACUACACAAACAUCUUUCACACCAACUACAAACAUAAGUAAUCCUCAAACAACAAUUGCUCAUGCAACUCUCACAAUGAAGCUUAUUAAUAACCUAAGCAACCUUAAAAUCUCCCAGAAUAUUCAAACGUUUGUCGAGCACAUUGAAACUCAAUUCAAUGUAACCAUCAAGCUACUGUGAAGAAACCCCUUUGAUGGACAUCUCAGGCAGCUAUUUUCAUUCAUGGUUAAGGGGUGAUUGGAGCCUGUCAUAUGCAUCUGAAGGCCCAGGCGGCUAGCAACCUGGAUAGAUUGACUGCUCAGACUGUCACAGUGCUCUUAACCAUAAUCCUAAAAUUACUUUUACACAAAAAUCCUAAAACAAAACAUAACCUUACCAAACACCCAACACUACAUAUUAUUAUGUACUAUGUAUUUUAAAAGGUGGCUAAUUCAUAUUACUUUGUAUGACCACAUUCAUGAAUUUCUUUACGAUUUGCUUUCGCCCCUGUGACAUUGGGGUUAGGGGUGAGGUGUCCUUAUUGGUUUUAUUUUCAUGAUAAUGGUUUUUUUAUGAUUCACUUCAUACUAAUUUUGUCAACUCUUAUACGAAUUCUCGUGAGAUGUUUAUUACUCUACUAAGAAGAGAUUAUUUUAAUGUAAAAUAGUUUUGUGUGCUUUUGCGGAUUUAUAUAUCAGUGGAAUAUUUCAAUAUUUUUCACCUUUAUUUAUUUUUGAAUUAAUGUAAACAUAUGUAAACAUAUAACAUAUACAUUAACAUCAAUACUAUUUUGCACUGUAAGCCUGAUUAGGGAGUUGUGUAAGUUAAGAAUUCAAGAGACUGUAUGCUGUAAAUGUUUUUCCAACUUGAUGUGAUUGUUUACCUCUGAAUAUAAUGUUGAAGUGAAUAAAAUGUUUAUUAACCAAAAUGAUAAUAAGGAAACUAUAUAUUACAUCUUUAUAUUACAUCUU